UCCGAGAUAUAAAUACAAGCCACACGCGGAGGGGCUUCAACAGAGAGAGAGACUCGUGCAUCCUGCUCGUGAUAGACGCUGCAUGCUGCUGUUGCUGCUGCUGCUGCGCAUCGAUCAACACGGAUACUAACUUCAUAUACAGAUCUCAGGGUUUUUUGGAUAGGAUAUUGCAAGCUGAAAAUAUUCAUUUCCCCUGCACCAGUGGAUCGUAAUUUGCUGUGAUUUUUGUGGGAUAUUUCCGAUAAGAAAGAGAAAAUGCCUGCCGAUAUGAUGGAAAAGACCUCCUCCUCUCCGGUCGCUGCAACACCGGCGAGCAUGAACACAACUCCGGAUAAACCCAAGACAGCCUCGGAGCACAGAAAGUCAUCCAAGCCAAUAAUGGAAAAGAGGAGAAGAGCCAGAAUCAACGAGAGCUUGGGGCAGCUGAAAACUCUCAUCCUGGAUGCGCUGAAGAAAGAUAGCUCCAGACACUCUAAGCUGGAGAAGGCGGACAUCCUGGAGAUGACUGUGAAGCAUCUCCGGAACCUCCAGAGGGCUCAGAUGACCGCUGCUCUGAACACAGACCCCACCGUCUUGGGGAAAUACCGCGCUGGUUUCAGCGAGUGCAUGAAUGAAGUCACCCGGUUCCUGUCAACCUGUGAAGGCGUCAACACCGAGGUGAGGACGCGGCUGCUCGGCCACUUGGCCAGCUGCAUGACGCAGAUCAACGCCAUGAACUACCCGAGCCAGCAGCAUCAGCACCAGCACCAGCUGGCACAAUCCACAGGCGGACCGACACACCCGUCCUUCGGCCAGUCCAUGGUGCAGAUCCCCGGCUCGUCUCCGCAGGUGCUGCCCAUGAAAGGAGGCUCGUCUCCGGCUAGUUUACCAUCAGACGCCACCAAAGUGUACGGAGGUUUCCAGAUCGUGCCUGCAACAGACGGACAGUUCGCGUUCCUCAUACCUAACGCGGCGUUUGCGCCAAACGGUCCCGUUAUCCCGGUGUACGCCAACAACAACGUGGGCACGCCGGUGCCUCUACCGGCUGCAGUUUCACCCGGAGCUCCGUCAGGCAACUCGGACUCGGUGUGGAGACCCUGGUGAACACAACUGGGGGGAAAAAGGACCAUAAAGACUUUUUAAAAAUGACACUUAAUAGUUCUCCUUCUUUGUUCAGUGUUUUAGAAAAGUUGUUUUUUUUUCUUGUAAAAUGGAAAAGAGUAUGCACUAUAUUUGUACAGCUAUAACAAGGGGAGUAAAAGUUCAUAUUGAAAUAAGAUUUGUAUCGUGGAAGUCCGUUCACUGCAUUUUUUUUUAUAUAUUUGUCUUUUUUUUUUACUGUGUGAUGCCAAAGAUAUGUUCAAUGCUCUUAUGAUGUUCUUCGUUUUGGAAGACAAAUAAAUUUGUAAAGAUAUAAAAACAAAACAUGCGCUGGA